AUGACCCUCGAUGCAAGGGUUGGCUGUCCUGCUAGUGGAGUGGGACGAGAAUCCGUGAAGAGGCUGCUGGACAGAGACGGUGCUGCUGAGCUGGCUGUUGGUGUGCAGGGUCUGCUAGCAGAGCUCAUCUUCUCCUUCUUCAAGACCCUCACAGGUCAACCCAUCACAAUCGAGCUCAAGAAUGACGUAGCCAUCACAGGGACACUCAAGUCUGUAGAUCAGUUCCUCAACUUUAGGAUAGAGAAUCUCAGAGUCGUGGGGAAUGAGUCGGUGGAGAGGGCGAUGCUAGAGGGGGGAGCGGGAGGGGAAGUGGAUGCAGAGAAGGCUAGGUGGCCACACCUUCUCGCACUCAAGUCUGCAUUCAUUAGAGGUUCAGUAGUCCGAUAUGUCCAUGUACCCGCAGGAGCAGUGGAUACGCAGCUGCUUGAGGAUGCAACACGGAGAGAAGCAUCAUCGGGCAAGAAAUGA